UGAGCUUGCGCCCAGGAAACAUGGCACUCUGGCGGGCAUACCAGCGGGCCCUGACUGCUCACCCGUGGAAAGUACAGGUCCUGACAGCUGGGUCCCUGAUGGGCCUGGGUGACGUUAUUUCACAGCAGCUGGUGGAGAGGCAAGGUGUGCGGAAACACCAGAUUAGCCGGACCCUGACCAUGGUCUCUCUGGGCUGUGGCUUUGUGGGCCCUGUAAUAGGAGGCUGGUACAGGGUUUUGGACCGGCUCAUCCCUGGCACCACCAAGGCCGAUGCUCUAAAGAAGAUGUUGUUGGAUCAGGGGGCCUUUGCCCCGUGUUUUCUAGGCUGUUUCCUCCCACUGGUAGGGACACUCAAUGGACUGUCAGCCCAGGACAAUUGGGCCAAACUCCAGCGGGAUUAUCCUGAUGCUCUCAUCACCAAUUACUACCUCUGGCCUGCUGUGCAGCUAGCCAACUUCUACCUGGUUCCCCUUCAUUACAGGUUGGCCGUUGUCCAGUGUGUUGCUGUUAUCUGGAACUCCUACCUGUCCUGGAAGGCACAUCAGCUCUAAGCUUGCCUCGCUCCAUUGCUUCUGCCUUGCAGUGAUGCAGCUUGACCCUGGAAUGGUCAGAUGUCCUCCUCAAAGUGGGCACACUAGUUUUCAGGGGAUCCGUUUGCUGGUCAGAAUUUAGUGGAGUCAGCACUGUGAAAUGACCCAUUUCACUCUAAAGUGUAAACUGACUCCUUUUGAAUUCACGAAAAGCUUUAUAAUGGUCUUAUGCCCACCACAUAGUAGGCAGUCCAUAAAUAUUUGCUGAACCAUAUGAUCUUGGCAACUUUAGUUUAUUCCUAUAUCCCAGCAAGUGCCAUUUAUCCCCACUCUUCAUUGAUACAUUUGUUUCUCUAACCAUUCCUGGCCCUAGUGUAGCUCCAGUUCUUUGGGGAUCUCCUCAAACUCUUUAUGUGGACGUCCAUGAAUAUGUUAUAAAAAUGUAAUCUGGAAUCUGCAGAGGCAAUGAGUAAAACCCAACAGAAAAAUACUGGGGAGUCAAAAUUUCUAGAGGUGGAAAGAAGCGUAGAGACCACCAAGCCCAAUCUUCUUUUACAGAUGAGGACACUGAGGUCCAUAGAAGUGAGGCGACCUGUCCACGCCACAAAUUAGUGGCAGAAUAGAAACUUGAACCCAUACCCUAUAGACUGAAUUUUUGUAUAACCCCCAAAUUCAUAUGGUGAAAAACCUUAUGUCCAAGGUGAUGGUAUUAGGAGGUGGGACCUUUGGGAGGUGAGAAGGUCAUGAGGGCAGAGCCCUUAUGGUAUUAGUAUCCUUAUAAAAGGUGCCACGUGAAGAUGCAGCAAGAAGGUGCCAUCUAUGAACCAUUAAUCAGAUCCUCACCAGACACUAUCCACUGGCACCAUGAUCUUGGACUUCCCAGCCUCCAGAACUGUGAGAAAUAAAUGCUUGUUUAUAAGCCA